CCUUAUUUGCGAUACAUACCUUAAAAUGCCUCUCAUCGCAUCCUUUGCUUCGUAUACGAAUCGUAUCGCACAUCUGAAUGUUUAUGAACUUCAAUCUAUUCGCGCUAACAAGAAUUACAUUGAAUUGCCUUCGGUCGGUGGUUUUCGAUUAUUUACGUUGCGUAUUUGAACAAUUCGGUGAGCGUCGAACAUGUCAAAUUGUUGUACGCUACAUUCCUCUGGAUCACGUGUUUUGUUCAUUAAAUUAAAGUAUCUGGACACCCGCAAAAUAGAGCAACAGAAAUAGAAGAAGUUAAUAAUAUUAUGAGUACGAUCGAUAAUAUUUAGUUUACGACAUAUAUAAGAUUGCAAGUGUAAAGUGACCCGACAAACCGUAGUCGUAUUUACGUCUGUCUACAGAGAUCGUUCUUCAUUUCAAAAGAAAACGUGGCAAUUUCAAUCGCAAACAAAUUGACGGAAAUCAAGUGAAAAACAUGGAAGAUACCGACGCUAAACGAAACGCGAGGAGAAGACGAAUUUUGGAAAAUUCAGAAAAACGUUUAUUAAAAAUUACCGGUUUAAAUGGUGAUACCAAAAUAGAAGAUACAUCUAGUCAAACUUCAUUUCUGUGUAGAGGGAUGCAAGAAGAAAAGUUACAACGGAAUGUAAAUGGUUUGACGUUAGAGAAAUCCGAUAACAGAAUUAAGGGUACAAACUUUUUUGAGUCGAAUAACACAUGGAACAAUACAUCGACCUCUCCAAGAGAUGAAUGUGACAAUGCCAGAACAAAAACAGAGCAUAUCGAUAAUAGGCUUGCACAACCAAGUAUUUCAGUACCUCCAGUGCUAAUAAAUCGUACAAAUUAUGUAUUGUUAGCCUUUGUUGUGAACAUAUUACUCGUGUUAGAACUGGACUACUUAUUUGGGAAGACACUUUUUAUACCAUAUCUUCCAAUAAUGUUGGUUCGUUUGUACAUUGUUACAAAUAGACGAGGAACACAAGACAAUAAUCUCUUCUAUACUGCUUUGAUCUUAUGUAAUAUUAAACCUCAAUUGACUUAUCAAUUUAAAAAAUUUAUGACAGUGCUGCACACAAUGGUUCAGGAUUUGGCUUUAUACAUUUUUAGCUUUACUGCAAUACAUUAUGUUCUUUUUCAUUGUUUAUGUACAACCAAUACUUUAACUGUUCUAAAUAAGCGCUUAUUGGAACAAAUUAUGUAAAAGUUCUAUAGAAAAUAAGAAUAUACAUCGUACAUUGACUUAAACUUCUUAUCAUUUGCAUAUUAUUGAUUUCUACAAUGUUAAAAAUGCAUCCACAAAUGAAAUACUACAAAUUUUACAAAUAAUACAAUUUAAUAGAUGUAAAUUUAGAUUGUAAUUUAUAAUUUUAAGUCAAGAUAGUUACACCUCUUUAUUAUGUUUCAACUUUUCUGCUCUCCUUUAGAAGAUGUAUGUUUUGUACGAUUUGCAUGUCUUACAAUAUCUGGAUGUCCUAAACUUAUCAUUUCCUUUUCCCAUGCGAUUAGGUCCUUUUUAUAUUGCUCCAUCAACUUUGUUCCCUCUACUCGAUACUGCUCUUUUUCUGCGUAUGACAUAUUUUUCCACUUUUUUGACAGUUCACUUAUCCAAUCCUAGUAGAAAGUGAUUAAAAAAUGUAAGAAAUAAUAUAAUAAAAAAGAAUAAUAAAUA